CGGGGUAAAAAUGAAGCUGAAGGUGCUGCUUGUAAUCGGGUUUGGAGGUGGUGGUGGUUGUCUCUCUAUACUUUUAAUGCUAACACUACUAUUACUGCUGCUGCUACUACACUACACUACACUUGUUAGAAGGGGAGGGAAUUCACUGAGUGACUUGACUUGACAUACGUACAUACAUAUAUAUAGAGCAUACCCCAGCCAGCACAUUAUGAUUAUACUCUUCUCUUCUCUUCUCUUUCUCUUCUCUGCUCUGCUUUCCACACAAUUAUACUUCUCUUAUCAACCAAGACACAUGAACCCACCCUCUUCUCUACUUCUCUUCUCUUCGAAUCCGAUCCAUUUCUUUUCUCAGGCUCCAAGAGUGAAUUAACUAAUUAACUAACUAACUGCUGCUUUCAUCUGUCCUGUCCAGAGAACCACCCAAGAUAUGAUCACUGCAUCUGAUUUUUACCACGUCAUGACCGCAGUGGUGCCGCUGUAUGUAGCCAUGAUCUUAGCCUACGGCUCUGUCAAGUGGUGGAAAAUCUUCACGCCUGACCAGUGCUCCGGGAUCAACCGCUUCGUGGCGCUAUUUGCAGUCCCUCUCCUCUCUUUUCAUUUCAUAGCCACGAAUGAUCCGUAUGCGAUGAACCUGAGGUUCGUGGGCGCCGACACGCUCCAAAAACUCAUGGUCCUGGGGCUGCUCGCCGCCUGGUGUCACCUGAGCAAGUCCGGGAGGAGGAGCGGGGGCUGCUUGGAUUGGGCAAUCACGCUCUUCUCCCUUUCAACCCUCCCCAACACCCUGGUCAUGGGAAUCCCUCUGCUCAGGGGCAUGUACGGAGACUUCUCGGCUGGCCUGAUGGUGCAGAUUGUCGUGCUGCAGUGCAUUAUCUGGUACACUCUGAUGCUCUUCCUCUUCGAGUACAGGGCUGCCAGGAUCCUCAUCUCUGAGCAGUUCCCGGGGCCAGCUGGAGCCUCCAUCGCCGCCAUCCGCGUUGAUUCUGAGGUCACGUCCUUGGACGGGAGGCGCCACCCUUUGGAGACGGAGGCCGAGAUCAAGGAGGACGGGAAACUCCACGUCACUGUCAGGAGGUCCAAUGCCUCAAGAUCCGAUAUUUAUUCCAGAAGGUCGCCGUCGUCUAUUGGAUUCUCUUCCUCCUCCACCGCUCCCUGCAGGCCUUCCAAUCUUACCAAUGCUGAGAUUUACUCUCUGGGGUCCUCCAGAAACCCGACCCCAAGAGGGUCUAGUUUUAAUCACUCGGAUCAUUUCUACCCCGUCGGCAGGAGCUCCAAUUUUGGGGCACAUGAUGAUGCUUAUGGUCUCCCUGCAGGGCCGCCAACUCCAACUCCAACUCCAAGGGCUAAUUCAAACCUGGAAGAGGAAAGUACUGCACAUAAGCUAAGCUGGUUCUACACCCAUCAGGGAACGAGUAACAAUGCACAUACACAUACACAUUAUCCCCCACCAAAUACUACUGUAGGUAAAGAAGCCAAUAUUGGAGCCAAGAGGCAGCAGCAGCAGAGUAGGGAAGAAUAUUGUGGGAAAGACCUACACAUGUUUGUUUGGAGCUCCAGGCAAAGUGCCUGUGCCUCUCCAGCAGUUUCAGUUUCUGACGUGUUCGGAGGAGGGCACGGUUAUGGAGCAUUUGAAGGGCAUGAUGAUAUUAAUGGAAAAGAAGUUAGAGUUGCAGCAGCAGCUCCUCAUGCGUCUCCUCCUGGAAAAGAAGUACUAGAGGAGGUAGAGGGGCAAAGGGAAAAUGGAGAGGAAUACUCCGGGAGAGAUGGAGAUGGUGAUGCAGAUGCAGAUGCGAUGAGGUUUAGAGUAGAAGAAGUAGAAGAAGAAGAAGAAAAAGCAGCAGUGAGCAAAGUGAAAGGGGGUGGGUUGGCAGUGCCUGCAAGUGUAAUGACAAGGCUUAUUUUGGUGAUGGUGUGGAGAAAACUCAUCAGAAACCCCAACACUUACUCCAGCUUAAUUGGGAUAGCCUGGGCUCUGCUUUCAUUCAGGUGGCACAUCGCAAUGCCUGCCAUUCUCUCAAAGUCCAUCUCCAUAGUGUCGGAUGCGGGGUUAGGCAUGGCCAUGUUCAGCCUGGGGCUGUUCAUGGCGCUGCAGCCGAGGAUCAUAUCAUGUGGGAACUCAGUGGCAGGUCUUGCAAUGGGUGUGAGGUUCGUGGCAGGUCCUGCUGUGAUGGCUGCUGCUUCCACUGUCGUUGGCCUGCGCGGUGUUCUCUUGCGAGUUGCCAUUGUUCAGGCUGCUCUACCUCAAGGGAUUGUCCCCUUCGUGUUUGCCAAGGAGUACAGCCUCCAUCCUGAUAUUCUCAGCACUGCUGUGAUAUUUGGGAUGCUGAUUGCGCUGCCUAUUACGCUUGUUUACUACAUUGUGUUGGGGGUAUGAAUCUGAUCCGAUCAGCCUAUCUAGAUCCAUCCAUCCAUCCAUCCAUCUCAAGUUUAUGAAUUAAGAAAGCAAGUUAAGGUCAGUGAACACACCUGACAUGCAUAGAUCCAUUGCAUCAUGAAGAUAUCGAUCAAAGAAAGUUGGAGCAGGGAGGGAGGAUUCAAGCUAGCUAGCUUCAUGAAUAAUCAAUUCAUUUGAAGAGGUGGAUGCACGAGCUAGCUAUCAUCAUCAAUAAUUAAUUUGUAGUAUGUAUCUCACAAUUAAUUAAUCAGUUAAAAAUAUGCCUGCAUGGAUGCUGAUUUGUGGGAUCGCUGCAUCAUCUCUUCCAGGAUCCAUCAGGGUAUGACUAGUGUAGCCAAGGUAGGCUUGCUACACAAUGAAGUGUAAUGGAAACACUAUUGCAUAUAUAAUUUGACGAUGAUGAUGAUGAUGAUUGAUUGAUUGAAUUAUU